AUGGCUGUGGACGCCCAUCCCGAUGCGCAGGCCACGGUGACAGACUUCCUGGACUACACGGAAUUCUUCCCGUCAGAUCUGAUCCGGUCUCUCUCCCUCGUCAGCAAGCUGGAUGAAGCCUACAAGGCCAGCGCUGCACGAGCGCAUGAUUUGUCCGCCCUCUAUGGCUCGAUCCCCGACCUUCCUGAAUCUGAACGCCCCGACCCACAUGAUCUGAGAACACAGGUUGCGCACGCCGUUGACUAUGCGCUUCACUGUCGCGAGUGCGCUCACGCAGAGGCCGCAAGGCUCUAUGAUAUUGCGGAGCGGCACGGUGCGCGACUGACGGUCAUCAAGAAGAAGCUCCAAGCCCUACCGCAACCACCCUCCCGAGACCCAACCCCCCCACUACACGCGUCACCUCAGCUCUCACGGAUCCGCAAGGCAGAGGCAGAGAAGACAACGCGCCUGAAAUUGACGCUCGAUGGAAGACGUGCGUCGACCUCAACGUCAAGGAAGCGCAAGAAGGACAGUGUUCCACCAGAAAUCCUGCCUCCGGAGGAGAUCCCUGAGAGUGACGUCGUUGAAGAUGAAUCAUCAUCAGUGCAGUCGGAAGGGGAAGAAGAAGAGCCUCACAUGCCGAUUGAGACGUCUCCGCAACCGCAGCCACGAGUACAUCCCACGUCGGGGCGGAUCAUCAAAAUUUCCAGCACGCCGAAGCUACCCAAAACACCGAGGGCCCCCAAAACGCCUGGCCAAGGUUCCAAUAUUCGCAGCGCGGUUGCAGGAAUCUCCACCAGCAACGCUCUCGCGAAGCUUACUCCGCCACCGCCGGAAGCCCAACCAGGAAGUAAGUGGCUCCCGUGGCAUAAACUCACAGAGUUCGAGAUGGCGAAGUUGAGGAAGCAGAUGAAGAAGAACGCAAUCUGGACACCGAGUGAGACUAUGAUUCGACGCGAGCUGGACAAGUACGGUCGCGGUUGGGAGAAUUAUGUGAAGGCUAAAGCUCAUGCAGAGGCGACGGGUGAGCCAUUCUUGGACGAGGAUCCAGUAGACCCCAACAAACCAAUCCUGGCACCCGGCGAAGUCACGUUCAAAGCGAUGGGCGACGACGAGUUGAAAUUCGUCAACCGAGGCAUGAAGCUCAACGAUGCGAAGAAGCGUAAGAAGGAGCUGCUGGCUCGCGAAGCGCACAAUUCCCAGGAUCAAGUGGAGAUGGAGGAAGCCAGCCGCAAGAUGCUGCAAGCGGGUAAUCUAAUCAAGAAC